AUGUUGUUACGCUUCGAGUCCAAGGCUGGCCAGUUCCGGCUUACAGCAGAGCCCACGGAUACCUUUGCAUCCUUGCAGCAGAGAAUACUCGCAAAUUUACCGUCUGGGGCCGACCCAACCUCUCUGAUACUGAGCAACAAACCUGUGGGGUCGAAGCCAGAGCCCUCGCGGGAACGCAGACUAGCAGAUAUCCCACAGGUCCAAAUAUCGCAGGUUGGUCUAUCGCACGGCGCCAAACUUUUCAUAGGCUUCACGGAACAAGAUGAGCUCUCAAACGGUCACGUUAACGGCGCGGCCACCGCAGGCGCUCAUCGAUUGGAUGGCAAAAAGAUAGCGCUGUCAGAGCCCUCGAUACCCAUUACUGCACCCGAUGUGACCUCGCCAGGACUGGUGAAGAAUCCUUGGGAGGUCGUCAAGCAGACACCGCUGGACGACAAGCUAGAUGCACAAGAUGGCAAGAUCCGUAGACCGAAAGAUCAGAAGAUGUGCAAACAUGGGCCAAAAGGAAUGUGCGAUUACUGCCAGCCACUGGAGCCCUACGAUGCGAAUUACCUUGCCGAGAAGAAGAUUAAACAUCAGUCGUUCCACGCGCACCUUCGGAAAAUCAACUCGGCGACUAAUAAACCCGAAUUGAAGAGCUCAUACAUGCCGCCAUUGUCAGAGCCAUAUUACCGAGUCAAGAAGAAUUGCCCAUCAGGGCACCCUCCAUGGCCUGAAGGCAUCUGCACAAAAUGCCAGCCGAGCGCUGUGACCUUGAAGCCACAAGAAUUUCGGAUGGUCGACCACGUCGAGUUCGCUUCAGCCGAUAUUGUGGACAAGCUCAUCGACUUCUGGCGUAGGUCCGGAGCACAGCGCAUUGGAUUUCUGUACGGGAAGUACGAGGAAUACCCAGAAGUACCUUUGGGUGUCAAGGCGGUGGUGGAAGCCAUCUAUGAGCCCCCACAGGCGUCAGAACUCGAUGGUGUUACGUUGCUCGAAUGGGAGAACGAAAAGGGCAUCGACGAAAUUGCUCGGUUGUGCGGACUCGAACGCGUCGGCGUGAUCUUUACGGAUCUCAUCACACCAGAAGAGGGUGAAGGACAAGCUGUGUGCAAGCGACACAUCGACUCGUACUUUCUCGCAUCGCUGGAAGUGGCAUUCGCGGCGCGCUACCAGUCCAAGUACCCUAAGGCCUCAAAAUGGAGCGACACCGGCCGGUUUGGAUCAGAUUUCGUUACUUGCGUGGUGACUGGAGACGAGGACGAGACAAUCACGAUCAAAGCCUACCAAGCAUCGAACUCGGCAGUUGAAAUGGUACGCGCCGAUAUCGUUGAGGCAUCAGCAGAUCCCUCAGUGAUGCUAGUCCAGUCGGAAGAUGAUGUGGGCCUUGACGGCAAGGCGCGAUACAUUCCUGAGGUGUAUUAUCGACGAAUCAAUGAGUAUGGAAGAAAUGUGCAGGAAAACGCGAAACCAAGCUUUCCUAUCGAAUAUCUGCUGGUCUCGUUGACAGCUGGCAUGCCGGUAGCGCCAAAACCAAAGUUCAGCAAGAACACAUUUCCGAUUGAGAAUCGCGAAGUAGUGGCGACUGGGCAAGAUCCUCGAGAUGUGGCAAAGCAGUUGAAACAACAGGAUGAGAUCGAAGCAGUCUCUGACUUCCACUUCCUAUGCUACCUCCACGGUAUGGGCGUGCUGAGCAAGGAAGAGGAAGCGCUGGUUUGCAGAGUUGCAGUAGAUCACGACGUCGGAGACGCGAUGCAACUAGCCCAGACCGAUGGGUGGAAGACUCUUAUGACCAUCCUGGAGAACUAUGGUGAGCGGCCCCUCAAGCGUCCAUGGCUUUCCGCAGAAGACACAGCACCAGAGCGAUCACGCAGUCCUUCGGAGCAGCUUGCUAAGCGAUUCAAGCAGGCUAAGAUCGCGUCCUAA